CCGCACUGCCACGUACCGCAUUGAAGCAGUAAUACAGCCAUCUUAAUCUGUUUCUUUCCCACCGAUAUUUCCCCAAAGAUAGUUAUUCACAUUUCAAGCCCAAACUUUUGCUGGCUUCUCUCCUCCAUCUCCCACAUUUUGGAUUGCAAUGCAUCCGUCAAAACCCCAGCUUCAAUCCAAAGCCUGAACCUCAACAAUUUUUCCUUGGAAAAAUGAAUUUUUUCUGAUGAAUCCCACUAGGCAACCAUCUGACGAGGGCCCGUCGUCUAGGAUUACAUCGACGCCAGCAGGGCUACUACAAUUUACACCGCCAACAUGGUACGAAGGUAUAGUUCCCCAGCAAAACGGUCUUUGGAGUGCUCAAAUCAACUUUAAUGGCAGUCUUGUAUUGCUCGGAACGUUCAAAUCCGAAGUAGCCGCGGCACGAGCUUACGAUAGCGCGGGCACGAAACUCAAAGGCGGUGAUUUCUACCGUAACUUCUUGUUAACGAAUGUCACUAUUCAUGAAUCCUAUUUUCAGAGCUCCUACUCCAACGAAGCCAUUAUGGAUAUGAUUAGGGAUGGCUCUUACGAACGCAAGCUCAUUGAUACUGUUUGGAGUCAGCAGCGUCAAUAUCAAUACAUAGGCUAUUUAGCAAUGCCUACUUGCUUGGACGCUAUCCCAGGAUUCGUUUUUGAGGAAAUGUUUCAUAAAAAGCUGAUUUUGAAUGGCAUCGAGGGUCAGAACAUACUGGUUUUACCUCAUCAAGCUCGUUCGUACUAUCCACCAUUUAAGUCCACAGGCGGACUACCGCUUGUGUUUAGAGACAGAGUGAAUCGGCCAUGGGAGUUUCAGUACUGUUACAACAAUAGUACUCAGAGUUACAUAUUCAAUAUGGGUUGGAGUAAGUUUGCGAACGAGAUGGAGCUCCGUACUAAAGACACUGUCGUCUUCUAUAGAUGCAUGGAUUGGAGAAACUUUCCUCCAAAAAAUUUCGAUAUGGUUGACAUCAUCCGGGAUGCCAACCCCAAAAAACCGCGGCGACGCUGAGGUUGCAUUCAUGUUGAAGAUUGAAUGCUAUACGUGCAGCCUAUCAAGUAUCUAGCCGUGACUCAUUCCUCUUCAAAAAAAUUGGAAUCGCCUUCUAAAAUCUUAUGUUUAGACAAUGGUUUUAUUUAGUUGGGUAAAGCUGAAAAUAUAAUUUUAAAAUGCAAUUAGCAUUCGGUAAUAAGAUUUUUGAAUAAGCGUGCAGAGCGCAAAUAUGGGAUGUUUUCUUUUCGAACAUUACUCAUAAGCAUUUAUUUAUGCUGCAAAUUAUUUCGUGUUAUUGUGAAGUGUUUUGGCUUAGAUUUCUCUCUUAGUGUAUGCCUCAUAUAGUCGUGUUUAUAAGAGAAUGAACAAAAUGUUUAAUACUAUU